AGGAAAUGGAAAGGAUACUCGAUAUAAAAGUUGGAUCUCUCGAGCAGGGUGCAUGUUUGCCGCCAACAGCAGAUCCCCUUGCCUUUAUAUUUAUUCAUCACAUACAAUUCUUGCACGUAGUGAUUAUAUUGGUUUCUACUAUGAAGCGAUUCCCUCAAUUCCCCCGCUUCCCCGCCGAACUGCGCAGGCAGAUCUGGCACGAGUCGUCUCCAUUGCCGGGCCUCCACGCCUUUGACGUCUGCAUCCCCUCGACCUCCGAAUCGUCCCGCCUCUCCCAGGCCUUCCAGACGUCCGGAGUGUCAAAAAGGGUGACAGAGACUCCGGCGCGUGUACAAAAGUACAGCGCAACAGUCUUCCUCGAUCAGUUCCUGCCUACGCCCGAGGAUAAACGCAACGACGCCGAGGGAUCUCAGAGACUCGACUCGGACCCCUCCGCAUACCACAUCACAAGCGCCGUGCGCCAAACAUGCUUCGAGGCCCUCGAGUCUCUCCGGACGCGCAGCUCUUCCCAUCCCAAAAACACCACCACCACCACCACCACCACCACCACACCACAACCAACAAGCCCGGACCGCAGCACAAACCCCAAAGCAACCAACCGCGUCUACCUCGCCGCGCACGACAAAUGGAUCACAUACGACAACGCCAACGACGUGCUCUUCCUGCGCUUCGGCGGCCCCGUCCGCAUCCCGGCUGCCCUCCUCGACGAGGAAGAAGGAUCGCGACAGGAACAGGAACACGCGUACCCGCGGACAUUCCACAGCGGCAUCUCGGACGUCCUGCUGUGUCCGUGGAGUGAGGAGUUUACAGAGACGCUGCGGCAUGCGCGGCGGGUGGCGCUUGAUCUUGCGGAGCUGCGGACGACGGCGGGGAUUUCUGACGUAGAGGGGGAGGGGGAGGGGGGUGCGGAAGCGGUGGCGCAGGAUAUAGCGUAUCUGGCGUGCUGUUUACAGAAUGGGCUCGAGGUGUUGUAUGUGAUUGUUGAUGGUGUGGAGAGUGGAGGGGGCACCCUGGAUUUCGCCUCGCUCCAGACGAUGGGGAAAGUAGGGAACUCGCUGAGCAGUCCUGGGUUUGAGAAGAGGGAUCCAGAUGUCUUUUAUGGAAAGGGGGUUACGUAUCAUGAGGUUUUUGCGUGGGAGAGGAUUGGGCUUGGCGAUGGGACGAGCGAGUUGCGUGGGCUGAGGAUGCUGGGGGAUGCGGUUCGUGAGCAGCAGGGGGAAGACGGGGUAUUUCGGGGGAUACGAGUUUUGGUUUGUCAAAGGGAUCGUUCGGAGUGUAACUUGUAAGACAGGGAUGAGACUAGGAAUGGGUGGUAAUCCAAGAUAGGGUUGGGUCUUGCUGUAUAAAUAAGGACUUGAGAUACUAGCACGAGUAUCAGG